CAGGACAGCGAGGCAGCUGCGUCCCUUGGGGUUAAGGCCAACAGCCAGUCUUUGCCAGGUUUGCCCCAUUUCCUGCUCCACCCUCACCACAUGCCUCGUGGAGAUGGCUAUCACCCUGCCGGGAGCCUUCCUCUUCCUCUUCUUCUUCCCACAACAGGACGAGCUGGAGUUUGGCUAUGUGGAAGCGCCGCACAAGAUCUUCCCUGUCGUCUUUGACUCGCCCAGGAACAGAGGCUUGAAGGAUUUUGCUUUUAAAAAGAUCCUGGGCCCUGAUUUUGGCUAUGUGACCCGUGAGCCGCCUGGGAGAGAGAUCACCAGCCUCGACUCCUUCGGCAACCUGGAUGUCAGCCCUCCAGUGACAGUGCGAGGGAAGGAGUAUCCCUUGGGCAGGAUCCUGAUCGGCAGCCCCCUGCCCUGGGCCUCCGGCCGGCGGAUGUCCAAGGCUGUCAGGGAUUUCCUGUAUGCCCAGAAGGUGCAGGCGCCGGUGGAGGUUUACUCGGAGUGGCUGAGUGUGGGCCACGUGGAUGAAUUCCUCACCUUCGUCCCAGCCUAUGAUAGGAAGGGUUUCCGGCUCCUCUUAGCCAGCCCCAACGCCUGCUACAAGCUCUUCAAGGAGAAACAGAGGCAGGGCCAUGGUGAAGCUACACUAUUUGUUGGGCUGAAGAACGCUGAGAGGAAGAGCAUCGAUGAGAUCCUGGCAGAUGAUCCACUGAAGAAUGACAACAGGCACGUGCAGCGCUGCAUUGACUGGAACCGUGACCUCUUGAAGCAGGAGCUGGGCCUGAGCGAGCAGGACAUCAUCGACAUCCCCCAGCUCUUCAUCCUGAGGGGAUCCCGCGCGGAUGCCUUCUUCCCGGACAUGGUGAACAUGCUGGUGCUGGGCAGGCACUUGGGCAUCCCCAAGCCCUUUGGACCGCAGGUGGGUGGGCAGUGCUGCCUGGAGGAGCGGGUGCGGGCGCUGCUGGAGCCCCUGGGCCUCACCUGCACCUUCAUCGAUGACUUCUUCUCCUACCAUGUCCUCUCUGGGGAUGUCCACUGUGGCACCAACGUCCGCCGUAAGCCCUUCGCCUUCAAAUGGUGGCACAUGGUGCCUUGAAGCACCCAGGAACAGGCCCAGGUCCUGCAACCAGAGCAUGAAGGUGCAUUUGCUGCAUCAGAAGAUGCAGCAAAAUCAAGGGUUUCACCAAUAAAGCUGCAUUAAC